AUGAGCGCCCAGAUUCCAAGUCAGCAGGCGCCCAAUUCGCCGGUUGUCGAUGUCGUUGGCCAAGAGCUCCUUGUCGAUGCAAAUUCUACUACGACAUCCCUUGCCUCGAGCGUCACGAAUUUCAAAUACGAACAUGGUCGGAGGUACCAUGCUAUUGAGACUGGAGUUUAUGCUAUCCCAAACGAUGAGCAAGAGGCAGAACGACUCAGCCUCCAGCACAAGGUAUGGGAGAUCGCCUUGAACAACAAGUUUUACAUUGCUCCGUUCGACCUCAAGCCGGGGGAUGAAGUCUUGGAUGUCGGAUGUGGCACCGGAGCAUGGUGUAUCGACGUGGCGGACGCCUACCCAGACGUACAAGUCCAAGGCGUCGACCUGUCGCCCAUCCAGCCGCACAACGUGCCGUCCAAUUGCGAUUUCCUCGUCGACGAUGUUGGCGCAGAAUGGACGUACGGGCCACGCUUCAACUUCAUUCACUCGCGCUUUCUGCUCGUGGGCGUAAAGGACUGGGCCCACGUAAUUCGGCAGGCUUUCACCAGCCUGAAGCCCGGCGGCUGGGUUGAGCUGCAAGAGUGCCAGCUCCCGCUCACAUCCGACGACGGGACGGCCGGGCCGGACUCCGCGUCAGGGGUGUGGGGCGCCGGCAUGCGCGACGGCAUGGCUCAGAUGGGUUGCGACACCCUCGCCACGCUGAGGUUCCGCGAGCUCAUGGAGAAGGCCGGCUUCGUCGACAUCCAGGAGACGCACAUCAAGUUCCCGCUGGGCACUUGGCCUAAGGGCGAGAAGGAGAAGAAGAUGGGCGCCCUGUUUGGCAAGGACAUCUCUGAGAACGUGUCAGGCAUCUCGACCAAGAUAUUUGCUCAUGGUUUGGGAUGGUCCAAAGAGCAGGUCGAUGAGUUUGUGCCCAAGAUGCAGGCUGAGAUUGCCAGCAACCGCGUGCAUGCGUACAUGCCCGUCGACAUUUUCUACGCCAGAAAGCCCGAGUAG